AUGGGGGCCAGCUGGUCAUCAAACCACCCUGAAAAAACCUCAGACUCGGUGCCCUCUGUUUGUGGCGACCGCUUCGAGGACUUCUACGACGCGUUGUACGACAAGAUAUAUUUCGUGCAGCAUAAAAACCAAGACUCCAUUGUGGCCUUUGAAAAUUGCGAGAAAGACAAUCCACGCGUCGACCCCGAGGGAUGGUAUAUCCUUGCCCAGCGCAUCCCCCGGGUCUAUGAAUAUCUGGCCCAUAGCACCAAUACCCCAGAUGUAGAUCUCGAUCGACCGAUUGAUCUUCACCCCCGCAUCGUCAAAUACCUCGGUCCUCUCCCCGUGGGAUAUCUACUGGAGAAGCUGGAUCCAGGGCCACUGGCCUCUACAACACUGCCACUCUUGACCACCUUUCCUGCGUCGCGCACGUCUUCCAAUGACCAGGACUCCUCCACCGAUAAGGCAGACAGAGAGCCUCUCCUACUGCUCUACUAUCGCUGGGCACUGCAGUCGCUCAACAUGCUAGCCUUCCUGCAUGAACACGGGGUCUACCUCAUGGAUUUCAGCUCGAGCACGAUAUGGAUCCGCGAGGAUCUCUCGAUUGCCCUCUCAGGGUUUGUGAACGCAACCAUCCCGACCGAUGAAUGGCCGUACUCUCCGGAUGGGACCAGAUACGAAACAGAGAUCUAUUAUCCCACCGUGCCGGAAAAUGGGUUUCCGGAGCUGACGCCAAAAAUCGAUCUUUCCGAUUGGGCGACCUUUGUCUGGCAGUUGAUGCGGACGGAUGCCAACAGUGAGGGGAAGAAGUGGUCACUGCCGACUGAUCCAUUGGAUGAGACGGAGGGGCCUGGGGAGGAUGAGGAUGCGUGGGAGUAUCAUAAGGAACGGCUAAAGGAGGGCAAGCUGCAGCUGUUAGAAGAGGAGCGAUUAGGGCCGAUUCUGGUGAAGGCCUGGAACGGGGGAUAUGAAAAUGCCCGGGAGAUGAUGCAGGAGGUGCGAUUGUAUCUCGAGCAGAUUGGGGUGAAGAUGGAAGGGGAGGAUGAGGUCCUUCUGGAUGGUGGGCGAAAGUGGGAGGAUGUAUUUACGGUCGUUCGGACCGAUGGCGUGCGCUGGGGGAGGGAGAUUCGAUAUAAAUGA